AUGGAAACUCGCCGACACCCAUGCUUGAAGUCCCUCUCUCAACGGGGCUAUAUCCAGGGUGUUACACUCUGCGAUAAAACAACCGAUAACCCCCUCUGCCAUUACUUCGGGGGGCUCCGAUAUGCCUUACCUCCGUCGCAACGUUGGCGAAAGGCUCGGAAACUACCGUCGACGUACACCUAUGGCACCAAAAAUCACCCGUGCCCUUGUACAGGCCCCGCCGGCGUUUGCCCUCAGCCUAGCUUCCUGAAUCUCUCUAAAGAGAUCGGAUGGUCUGAAGACUGCUUUCAAUGUAAUGUCUGGGUCCCAGCUGGGAAGCCCCCGAAGGAGGGAUGGCCGGUUCUCUUUUUCAUUCAUGGAGGGUUUCUUCAAUUUGGCACUCCCAACACCUUUUCCCCGGCCGGACUGCUAGGCGAAGGGGCCUUGAACGCCGUCAUCGUCAUGCCUGCCUAUCGUCUCGGCGUGUUCGGAUUUCUCUAUUCGUCCGAACUGGAGAAAGAUGCUUCCUCCGUUGACGAAGCCGUUGGAAACCAAGGUUUCUGGGACCAACGUCUGGCUCUGGAAUGGACCAAGGACAACGUUUCUCUGUUUGGGGGCAAUCCGUCCCAGAUCACCGUUGCCGGAUACUCGGCCGGUGCAUACUCUGCAUUCUACCAACUAGCCUACGACGUCAAUCUCCCAGAAGACCAGGCCAUCGUCAAACAAGCCUGCAUCUGGUCGAACGGGCCGGCCACCCAGCCCAAGAACCCCGCUGCCGCGCAGGUACAAUUCAACCAGCUCCUCUCCGCGCUCAACAUCCCCGCGGGCCUGCCCGGAGCGGAGAAGAUCGCGCGCCUCCGCGCCGUCCCAGGUAAAGACCUCCUCUCCGCGGCCGUCAGCGUCGACAUCAACCAAUUCCGACCCACCACGGACUCGGUCUUCAUCCCGACCACGCUCUUCCAGUCCUUCGACGACGGCUCCUUCGGCCGCCGCGUCGCCGCACGCAAUAUCCGCAUCAUGCUCGGCGAAUGUUGCGACGAACGCUUCCUCUACGCCACCUGGUUCCCGCCCGCCAGCAACACCCUCGCCUCCCUGCGCAAGCGCCUUCUAGCCGACUACCCGCGGCCUGUCGUCGACGCGCUCCUGAAGCUCUACUACCCCGACGGCACCCUCCCGACAGACUGUACUGACUGGCACCGCGACGCCUUCAGCCGCAUCUACGCCGACAUGCAGGUCCACAAGAUGCAGCGCGGGCUCGUCCACUCGCUGGCGCUCGGCGGCGCCGCCCACCUGCUCUAUCGCUACCGCAUCGAGUACCGGCUCAAGUGUGCUGACAAGUCCAUCCCGCCUGCGUGGGGCGUCACGCACGCUACGGACCAGUACAUGUGGUUCUGGGGUAACGGGGAGGUUCUGGAAUCGCGGGAGAAGCCGAUCAUUCGGAAAGCGUUGAUUGACCCGUGGAUCCGGUUCGUGCACGGCGAGCCUGACAUUGACUGGGGUACGAAGAGUCAUCGCGAGAUGCGGACUUUGAAGUCGGAUGGCUCGGUUCAGAUCUGGCAGGAUGGAUUCUGGGACGAGGCGAUGCGCGUGUGGAAGGCGUUGCGUGAGGUGGGCGAGCCGGAGGAGACCGUGGCUAAACUGUGA